UCAUCUCUAAUGUGAACCUCAAAUUUAUAAGUAUUUUUCGAUCAAUUUCACAAAUAAUCGCUUCAAAUAUCGAUGAAAAAUGAUUUAGAAUUGCCCACUCACCAUAGUAAAUUCCUCUGCUACCUUUCCAUAUAUUAAAACCAACUGGAAGUGUAUGAAAACCUCAGAGGAACUUUAAGUAGCCGACCCUUUCAAGCAAAUUAAUCGACUGACAUUGUCUGAAAUAAUCGAUAAUAUGAAGAUUUAUUGCAAUGGUUUUAAUUUAUACAGGAAAUUUAAAACCGACGAACCUCUGAUCAAAAAGUUCAAAAUUUUUGAGCUCCCAGAUGUGCGUGAUUUGGAGGUUAGUUUAACAUUUGCAAUUCAUAAAAACAAAAACAACGAGUUAUUUUUAACAGGAGGAAGCUCGAAUGAUGAUCAAAAUUUGAAUUAUAAUUUUGGCUGUUUAGUCUGCAUAUCAUGUACAAAUGACUUUAUCUAUGUGUUGAACGCAGAUGGUCGCUUUUUUCAAAUAGACAUUGUGAAUUUAGAGAAGAUUGUUGAGGUGAAUACCAAGAAAUAUCUACAAAGUGAUGAUAAAUUUAUUCAUUUUGCUAUUGGCGAUAAGAUUCAAGUAGGUUUAACCCGAUUUGGAUAUGUGUAUGAUUUUCCAAAGCGACUGAAUUUCGAUGUUCGUUCAACUAUAGAUAUAAAAGUUGGUGGAGUACAUUGUUUGAUGCUUGAUUCGAAGGGAAAUGUUUACAGUUUUGGAAAUGGAAGCCGUGGUCAGUUGGGAUUAGGAACUCUUGAAGAUCAUUCUGAUCCGAGCCAAAUAGAAGCUCUAGCUGGAAUAAAAAUUGUAUCAAUUGCUUGUGGGACUUGGCAUUGUGCUGUUAUAAGUGAUGAAGGAGAUUUAUAUACAUGGGGAUGGAAUCAGAAUGGUCAGCUAGGUUUGCCUAUACAUUCUACUGAAAAAAGUGAGGGGGUAUCGGUUAUGGCAACCCCUCAUAUAAUUGAUUUUCCUGAUCCUAAUGCUAAUGCUGUUAAAGUGGCUUGUGGAAAACGACAUACAAUUGUACUUUUAGAUAAUGGGGAAUUAUAUGGCUGUGGCAUGAACAAAUAUAAACAAUUGAAAGAAGAUGAUGAGGAUAUCAUUGAAACAAUGAAUUUUCUAGGGGAUUUCUCAAAGGAAAAAGUUAAAGAUAUAAAAUGUGGCCCAUGGAAUUCUGUGAUAUGUUGUGAAUAGAAAUUGAAGAAUAUUAUGUUGAACGAAAAA